AUGUUUUUUUGGGGGUUUCUCAAAAGCUUUUUAGCGCGUUUUCUUCUUCUUCUUUCUUUCUUUCUUUGUUUUCUUUUUCUUCAUCCUUUUCUUUUUCUUUCCCCUUUCUUCUUCGUCUUCUUCUUUCUUUUCUUCAUCCAAUUUCUUCUUCUUCCUCUUCCUUUUCUUCUUCUUUUCCCUUUCUUCUUCUUUUCCAUUUCUUCUUCGUCUUCUUUCUUUUCUUUUCUUUUUCUUCAUCCAAUUUCUCCUUCUUCUUCCUUUUCUUCUUCAUUUCCCUUUCUUCUUCUUCUUCUCCUACUUCUUCAUCUUUUCCUUUUCUUCUUCUUUCCUUUUCUUCUUCUUUCCUUUUCUUCUUCUUUCUUUCUUUGUUUUCUUUUUGUUCAUCCUUUUCUUUUUCUUUCCCCUUUCUUUUUCUUUCCCCUUUCUUCUUCGUCUUCUUCUUCUUUCUUUUCUUCAUCCAAUUUAUUCUUCUUCUUCUUCCUUUUCUUCUUCUUUUCCAUUUCUUCUUCGUCUUCUUUCUUUUCUUUUUUUUUUUUUUUUUUCAUUCAUUCUUUUUACUUCUUCUUCCUUUUCUUCUUCAUUUCCCCUCUUUUUCUUCUUCUUCUUCUUUUAUCUUUUCAUUCAUUCUUUCCUUUUCUUCUUCUUUCCUUUUCUUCUUUAACUGUUUGUUUUCUUUUUCUUCAUCCUUUUCUUUCUUUCCCCUCUCUUUUCGAAAGAAGAUCUUCUUCUUCUUCUUCUUUCUUUUCUUCAUCCAAUUUCUUCUUCUUCUUCCUUUUCUUCUUCUUUUCCAUUUCUUCUUCGUCUUCUUCUUUCUUUUCUUUUUCUUCAUCCAAUUUCUCCUUCUUCUUCAUUUCCCUUUCUUCUUCUUCUUCUCCUACUUCUUCUUCUUUUCCUUUUCUUCUUCAUUCCUUUUCUUUUUCUUCCUUUUAUUCUUGUUCUUCCUUAUCUUCUUUUUCUUCUUCCAUUGCUUCUUCUUCUUUUUCUUCUUCUUCUUCUUCUUCUUCUUUCUUUCUUUGUUUUCUUUUUCUUCAUCCUUUUCUUCUUCUUCCUUUUCUUUUUCUUCCCCCUUUCUUCUUCUUCAUUUUCUUCUUCUUUUCCUUUCUUCUUCUUCUUCCUUUUCUUCUUUUUCUUCCUUUUCUUCUUCUUUUCCCUUUCUUCUUCUUCGUCUUCUUCUUCUUUCUUUUCUUCAUCCAAUUUCUUCUUCUUCUUCCUUUUCUUCUUCUUUUCCCUUUCUUCUUCGUCUUCUUCUUUCUUUUCUUUUUCUUCAUCCAAUUUCUCCUCCUUCCUUUUCUUCUUCAUUUCCCUUUCUUCUUCUUCUCUUUCUUCUUCUUCUUCUUCUUCUUUUCCUUUUCUUCUUCUUCCCCCUUUUCUUCUUCUUCCUCCUUUUCUUCUUCUUCUUCUUCAUCAUCAUCAUCACCUUCUUCUAUAUGCUCUGUCCCUUCAGGACGUAUUACUUUUCUAUGCAGUCCCUUUAUUCUUUUUCUUAUUCUUUCCUCACUUUCUUUCUUUCAUUAUCUUUUUUCAUUUUGUUUCAUUCUUUUAAUUUUCUCUCUUUAUGAAUUAUCUCUUCCUCUCUUUCUUUCUUUCUUUCUUUCUUUCUUUCUUUCUUUCUUUCUUUCUCCCCUUACAUUAAUAAUCGUCUUUCUAUAUUCCUUUUAUUCAUUUUCUUUCUUUCUUUCUUCUUUCUUUCUUUCUUUCUUUCUUUCUUUCUUUCUUUCUUUCUUUCUUUUUCCCCUUACAUUAAUAAUCGUCUUUCUAUUUUCUUUCUUUUUCAUUCAUUUUCUUUUUUACUCAGAUUACUUUUUUAUGCAGUCCCUUUAUCCUUUUUUCUUAUUCCUUCCUCACUUUCUUUCUUUCUUUAUCUUUUUUUCAUUUUGGUUCAUUCAUUCAAUUUUCUCGCUUUAUGAAUUUUUAUCUCUUCCUCUAUUUCUUUCUUUCUUUCAUUUUGCCUUUUUCACUUUAUCUCUUUCUUUCUUUUUAUCAUACUCUUUUUUUUCCUUCUAA